GUUGCACAACACACAGCGGCCGUCACAGACGCAGUGGCGGUGCGGUAAUUAAAAGGAAACGUGAGGGUUUUAGUAAAAGCGAUACUCGAUCGUCGUCGCGAUCUACGGCGACCUACUUAUCGUCUAGGCGCGAAGGCGGAGAGGGCAAUAGCAAACGACCCUCUUUCUCUCUCUAAAAUUCUCUCUCUCUCUCUCUCUCUCUCUCUCUCUCUCUCUCUCUCUUUCUCUCUGUCUCUCCCUCAACUGAAUCCACGAAGCAGGCGCAAGACGAAGAGUUUUUCUUUUUUCUUCUUUUGAUUUUUGAUUUUGAUUUUUAUUGUUAAUAAUAGCUAACGCGAAAAGCGACAGCAGCUCAUCCAUGGAGUCUCCGCCGUUAGCCACUUACAUCCCCCAGAAAUCGAAGAAGCGAGUUUUCUCGGACGGCAGUUCGAGUUCGUCGUGUAUGGAGCCCGAGGUGGUAGAGAUUAUGCCUCCGAUUGCGCGGGGUUCCAAAUCCCUUAAACAGAAAGAGGUUUACCAUGAAAUUAUUGAUAUUGACAUGGAUGAAGAGACUGCUGAUGUCAUGGUCAUUGAAGAGAAAGCUGAUUCAUUUAACAAAGGCAAGGAAUCUCUUGCCAAGUUUCUUUUUGGUCCUAGCAGCCAUGCGAAUCUUGGAUCAGUGGAUGGGGUUCAAUCUUCCAAGAGCAUUUCCUCGGGAUCAUAUAAUUCAAUCAACUUGGAUAAUUACACUUCUGAUUUAUAUUUUGAUGAAGAUGAAUAUGUUGAUCUGUAUUCUGAUGAUUUAAUGUUUGAUGAUGAUUAUGCAAUUUUGCAAGCUCAGUUUGAUAAUGUGGAUAUUCCUACUGGCAUAGAGGCACCCAUCCCUUGGUUUCAAAAUUUUUCCCAUAGUAAGGAAAAGCCAGUCAGUACUAGUAGUUCACCCAACUUAACUUUGCAGAACAAAACAGAUGCCUUGAGCAUUUCUCCUGGUGAAGUGCCGUCUCUAUCAUGGUGGAAGCCAGCACCUGUUCAAGUUAUAAAAAAGUCAACUGCACAUAGUACAAGUAUGUUGACCCAACUGGAUGCUGUGAGUCAGUCUCAUCCACUUGAGCUGCCUCCAAAUUGUUUAUUUUCAGAACCAGAUCAAGUUAAAGAGAAGCCAAGUUCUAUAAAUGGUUUGACUCAUUUAGGUUCGAAAACCCAAGGCGAUAGCCUGAAUCUUCUUCCUGGGGUAAAGCCAUCUAAACCUAAGUGGUUUUCGGAUCCUUCUCAUGGUAAAAGGAAAUCCAUUGCUGCAAGUAGUUCAGGCCAUCAUACUUCGAUUAGUCAGUUUGAUGCUGUGAAAUAUUUUCCUGGAUUAGCGGCACAGCAGUGGAAGUCUCAUGUUUCGUUAAGCUCAAAGAAGCAAUUUGAUUCAAGUUCUCAGAUGCAAAUGGAUACAUUGCACCUCCCUCCUGGAGCAGAUCCUAUGCCAUGGUUCCAUGAUAUUUAUUCAUCUAAAAAGAAGCCAUUUGCGUCAGUUUAUUCAAGUGCUUACAAUCCAUUUAAUGCUAUACAUAAUCCUUCUGAGGACGAGGCAUUUAUCCCAUGGGCCCAGGAUCUGGCUAAACGUCAGAAAAAUGUGACUGGUCCGGGAAGUUCUACAAUGCCUUCAGAAUCAAUUUAUAUUUGUGACGAAGAUGGGGGUGAAGAUGAUAUCAUGAAGAAGUUCAAACUUUUUAAACAAUUUGAUACCAUUCAGGAUCAUUGUGACCAUCAUUAUGCUAGCAACGGUUCUUCACUGAAGCAGCCAUCAAAAAAUUGGGCAAAGAAAAUACAGGAGGAGUGGAGGAUCCUAGAGAAGGAUUUGCCAGAUACAAUAUUUGUUAGGGUUUAUGAAACAAGGUUGGAUCUUUUGAGGGCUGUAAUUAUAGGCGCUGAAGGCACCCCCUACCAUGAUGGUCUAUUUUUCUUUGACAUUUUUUUCCCAGCUGGCUACCCUAGCACCCCGCCGCUUGUGUACUACCACUCUGGUGGCCUUCGACUGAAUCCAAAUUUGUAUCAUUGUGGAAAAGUAUGUCUGAGUCUUCUCAAUACCUGGGGUGGUGAUAAGAAUGAGAAGUGGAUACCUGGUAUAUCAACCAUGCUACAAGUUCUGGUUUCUAUACAAGGGUUGAUUUUGAAUGCAAAACCGUAUUUUAAUGAGCCUGGAUUUGCAAGUAUGAGUGGUUCAGAAGCUGGUGAAAAUUUGUCUCAGCAGUACAAUGAGAGUACAUUUAUCCUGUCAUUGAAGACAAUGCUGUACACAAUGAAAAGGCCACCAAAGCAUUUUGAGGACUUCGUUGUUGGGCAUUUUCACAAGCGUGCUCAUGAUAUCUUGGUGGCAUGUAAAGCUUAUAUGGAUGGUGCUCAAGUAGGGUGUCUUGUCAAUGGUGGCGUUCAGGAUGUUGACGAGGGUGACAAGAGCUGCUCAAGCAGUUUUAAGGAGUAUCUGGCUGGGUAUGUCAAAUUGCUUGUUAAAGCGUUUACACAAAUUGGAGUAGAGGACUGUGAUAAAUUCCUCUCUUCACCGGAAAAGGGAAAUUUGUGAGUUGGUAGAAUGGCUUACAAUAUGUAUCUGAAUUAAAAGUCAAUUUUGAGGCUCAAAGGCCCUUGCUUAUGGGAUAACCUAGAUUUAGUUUUAGAUUGAAGAGUAUUAGACAUAAAUUAUGGAACCUGGUGUGGUAAGGUUAUACCUGCAAGACACUUGGGGGCGUGGAUUUUGUAAAUAAAUAUAAAUAUAGGAUGGAUGGGGUUAUCAAUGAAAUGCCAAUUUUGAGGCGCAA